GAGGCAGCCGGAAGGGAGAGGAGGGCGCUAAAGGAGGGUUGAAGGGGCGUGCAGGCGGGAAGGCGGGAGGGCGGCUGAUGUCGGGUUGGAGGGACGUGUUCAAUGUGAUUGUGCCGUGGAGGCAGAUAGGCGAGCCCACUGACCUGGUGGCCUGGAUCGACCUGCUGGAGAAUGAGAUCGAGAGGGGGUAUGGCGGCCUGACAGCUCUUCAGGUGGGCCAGAUGCAGAACGUCAAGUACUACCCACUCACGGACAGAACGUUGGAGGUGGUGAAGCAGCGGCUGCUGGAAGCAGAAGAAGCUUUCAACGCAACGGGCAUGACCAUGAGCUCUAAGAGCGUGCAUGGGCUCAUGGGUGCAGCCCUGGGAGGCAAGUUCAGCAUUCCAAAGGCCAUCUAUGGUGAAAAGAUCAAGCAGGCAGAGACGCUGCAGGAGCUCCAUGCAGUUGUGGGCUGCGAUUUCUUCAUCAACUCGCAGUGCUUCAGCGAAGCCAUUCCAGGCAAAGCUAUUCUUGGGACAGAAUUCUCCAUUGUCGCAUCCGCUCGGUCGUUUGACUUUGCCAUUCGCACGUCAGUGGACCGGCCGCGAUGGAAGCACCUAGACUUGGAGCUCACAGCAGCAUGGGAGGCGCUGUGUGCGGCAGUGCUGGACGCACACACAGAGGCAGCGGACCAGCAUCGCUACCGCCAGAGGAUUCAAGACGCCAUCCUCCGCGUGGGGUACUUCUGUUGCGUUUGA